AGCUAAGCCUGUCUGCGCGGUGCCUGCAGCUAGAGCACAAAAGGAGCGAUUUCGCCUCAUCCGGGAAUCGGAAGCUCUUCUUUGACACCCAUGCCUUCGUGUGCUUACUGGAAGGAAACGGGUUUACAACUCAACAAGCAGAAAUCAUUGUGUCUGCAUUAGUCAAGAUCACGGAGGCCAACACGGACAUCGUCUACAAAGACAUGGUCACCAAGGUGCAGCAGGAGAUCACUCUUCAGCAAAUAAUGUCACAGAUUGCAAACGUGAAAAAGGAUAUGAUUAUUUUGGAGAAGAGCGAAUUUUCAGCCCUCAGAGCAGAAAAUGAGAAAACAAAGCUUGAACUACAUCAGUUAAAACAACAAGUAACGGAUGAAGUGAUCAAAGUCCGAACAGAUACCAAGUUAGACUUCAAUCUAGAAAAGAGCAGAGUAAAAGAGUUGUAUUCACUGAACGAAAGGAAGCUGCUGGAACUGAGGACAGAAAUAGUAGAAUUGCAUGCCCAGCAGGAUCGGGCCCUGACACAGACAGACAGGAAGAUAGAAACCGAGGUCGCUGGCCUCAAGACCAUGCUCGAAGCGCACAAGCUUGACACGAUCAAGUAUCUAGCAGGGUCUAUAUUCACCUGCCUAACGGUCGCUCUGGGAUUUUACCGCCUGUGGGUAUAAUAAAAGGUCUAUUUAAAGAGAUUUCUAUGUUUUGCCUUAAGAAUGCCAAACUGUUGUCCCUUUUUUUCGUAUUUCAAAUUUUAAUCCUGAUUUUGACUUAAUGAAUAUUAUUUAUUUUUAUGAAAAUUGUGGGCAUGUAACCGAGAUAAUGAGGUCAGAAAUUCCUUAAUCGCUGCUCUCACUGACUUUAUAACCUGGCGUGGACCAGACAUCGAAGAUCCACUCUGCUGACCAGUGAACGUGGCCAAGCCAACAAGAAACGUUGGCGUAAUUCUCUGCAGUUUCAUUUGUCACACUGGGGGCUCGAAGUCUCCGCGGAAAGGACACGGUGACUUUAACUGCUGAAGAGUCACUGGAACUCAGCCCGCGCCCGGCUCCUCUUCCCCUGGGGCCCGGUGCUCUGCCGUCCGUUCUUGUGCCGGUGUGGCUCGUUCCCCACACAGCUGUACUCCUCCGCCUCCGUGGUCUCCACUGUCAUAGUAAGUUAUGCCCCAGUUCCUUUUAAUGUGCCUUCAACCAGAAAAUCUUGUUGCCUGAUGAAGCCUUGUAAUUGUAACGGGGGUCUUUACCUCUUAAACGCCAGAUUUCCUUUCUUCUCUCCGUCUCUUCUUUCUCUUCCCUUUCCCUCAUGCAAAAACGGUAAUAAUACUCCACCUGUGCCGCUACCUACCUAGAAAACUUACUCAUUCUCGGCAUGAGUUUAUGUUCAAAGUCUGCUUCCUUCGGGCCUUCCUUGGCCUGUGAUACAAGGGAGGCACUCCGCUUUCCCUGUCUAAGCUGUCUGGAUGAGGUGGACACUUUUUUAUAAUGACGCUCGUGCUGUUAGAAAGCGUGCCUUUGCCUGUGACCAGCUCCAGCUGUACGCUUUCCAGACACAGCAGCCGUGCCCGGUGCCAGCCUCUGUUCCGCUGAUUGCUGCGGUGGUUGAAGACAUCUUCACACCUACCUUACCUCCGUAAUUAAAAAAUAAAUCCUU